UGCAGGCAGAAACUCCCAGCACACUCUCCAUGCUCCUCCAUCCAUCUCCAGCACAAACCCCGAUGCAUCACUUAAAAUUAUCCAGCCACAAAGCAGGGACAUUUCAGAGGACACCAGAUCCAGGACAGGCGUCUCUGGCUUUAUUCUUUUAAUGCCAUCCAAAAAAAAGGAGACUAAAAGAGGAAAGCUCCGUUACAUUGUAACAAUCAUCCUUCCUCUUCUUCCUCUGGCAUUCCAGGGAGGUAGCAACAGCAGAACAGCCAACUGCAUGAGAAGGAUCCUCAUCACCAUCAUCACCACCAGCUGGAUGGGGGAAAUACCCCAAAAGGGGGUCAUCUCACUGUAGCCAGCAGGGUAGCAGCUAGAAGAUGUUGUGCAGUGGGGUUAGGAGCGAGAUGGUCUCGUGCCAUGCCAUGGCAAGACAGCACAAAGAGGGACACGAGAAGGCACCAUGAGCUGCUCCUGCGGAAUGUGGCUUCUGGAAUUGAGGUUGGAGGAAAGCACCAGCUAUGCGGUAGGAUCCGGCACCAGGAAUUCUCUCUGUUUUCGGCACCAGCUCCUGAUGAUGUCGCCUGUAUUGUGGAGACGGGAGAGAAGAAACGUGAGAUAAGAAUUGGCCACCUUCCCUGCUUCUGAACGCUCACCUUUUUAUAAAAUCUUUUCAAGGAGACGGAAUCCCAGUCUGUUAUUUUACCGUAAAAUCCUGCUUCUUGUGUGAUUCUCUGAUGUCUUUGGUGCGCCUGCUUUUAAUAAUUCCUCUUUUCUAAUUAUUAGGCUUUAGUUUUUAAUGACGCCGGGCUGCUAAACUCAUUGAGAGUCUCCUCGUUGUCCGGUAGUUACAGAACCAUCAUGAAAAAAGUGAAUGUUUGAUGUUUUUUGUUUAUUAUUAAAUUAAACCUGGUGUGUCGGACGGAUGCUAAUCGAUACAAUGUUGCAGAGCUCCCGGGAUUAUUUAGAAGUCUAGAUUUCUAGAUCCAUCUUUUUGUCUGGUAUGUUGGGUGCAACAGGAGGAUGUGGCAUCAUGACUGGUGCACCAUAGAAGUCCACGCUGAAGACAAGGGGAUCGUCCUGGUGUUUCUGGUUCGCUUAGUGCAGCGAAAACCAGGCUUAUGUUAUUGAGGACCUUUCUGGUUUUUUGGUGCUGUGGGUUCCUGAGUUCCAUACAGAUGUUGCGUCCUCAGGGUCUCCUCAAGUGCCGCUGUCGCAUGUUCUUCAAUGACUUGAAGGUCUUCCUGCUCAGGCGCCCACCUCCACCCCCUAGCCUUCCCAUGAACAGCUCAGAAUACGAUUUGGGAGCUGGGGGUGUCUUGGCAGCCAACAAUAACACCUUAACAGCAUUGGGACGACCGUGGAGGGUGACGACCGGUGGGAUAACUCCGGAGGAGGAAUGGCAUUGCCCGGCUGCAGCCACAGGACUUCUGCACCAACCUGGAUCCUUGGUUGGUGGUAGCGCCUCACCCGAUGAUUUUUGCAGAGGAAAGGGUGAGGACAGAUACUCACUUGGCAGCAGCCUGGACAGCGGGAUGAGGACUCCUCUCUGCAGGAUCUGCUUCCAAGGACCUGAACAGGGGGAGCUGCUGAGUCCGUGCCGCUGUGAUGGUUCCGUCCGGUGCACCCACCAGCCAUGCCUGAUAAAAUGGAUAAGCGAGAGGGGGUCGUGGAGCUGUGAGCUCUGCUAUUACAAGUACCACGUUAUCUCUAUAAGCACAAAGAACCCUCUUCAGGUGAAGUGGCAAGCCAUCUCGCUGACCGUCAUUGAGAAGGUCCAGAUUGCAGCCGCCAUCUUGGGCUCCCUCUUUCUUAUCGCCAGCAUUUCGUGGCUCAUCUGGUCCACAUUUAGCCCCUCUGCGAAAUGGCAACGCCAGGACCUCCUUUUCCAGAUCUGCUAUGGGAUGUACGGGUUUAUGGACAUUGUCUGUAUAGGGUUGAUAAUCCACGAGGGACCCUCCGUUUAUCGGAUCUUCAAGCGGUGGCAAGCCGUGAACCAACAGUGGAGGGUAUUGAAUUACGAUAAAUCUAAAGACUUGGAGGACCAGAAAUUAGGAACCAGCCAACAGACGAACCAACGGACCUCUUUCCAGGCCAAUGACUCUUCCACCGGUGUCGGCUCGGCGCACAACGCCACGGCAACCGACGGUGGCAACCAUAACCACGUCCCGCCUGGAAUGAUGUCUCACCAACACUGUGCUUACACCAUCUUCCACAUCCUUAGCAACCUUAGGCCGCAUGAACAGAGAAGCCAAACUAGCGCUAGCAGAGAGUUUGUAAUGAGGGUAACAACGGUCUGAGAACACAAGAUGGCCGCGAGGUAGAGCGCGAGAGCCGGGUGUGUGCCUUUUCCUUUGGUCAACAAGCGUCAGCGACACCUUCUCCUUCACAGAAGGCUUCCGGAAGGCUGGAGAAGCUGAUACAUCACAUUCUGUGCUCAAUUUAAACAUGUGACCGAGCUAAGACUUGGAAGCAUAAUAGAUGGAACCACCUAACGUGGCAAGCAUGCGCAGUCCUC